CCAGCUCCCGCGGAGGAGGCUGCGGGUGGCGCGCCGGGACAGGGACCCUGCAGCUCCAGGGAGUUGAAUUUGUCAAAUUAGUGUCUACAGUGAUAUGUAUGAAGCAAAGGGAAGAAGAAUUCUUGCUAACUAUCAGACCUUUUGCAAACAGGAUGCAGAAAUCCCCUUGCUACAUUCCCAUUGUGAGCAGUGCCACCCUGUGGGAUAGAAGCACACCCCAUGAAAAGAACAUCCCUCGUUAUGAAAGAACUUCAGUGACCUGCUCCAGAUUCAUUAAUCACAUGAAGAAUUUCUCUGAAUCUCCUAAAUUUCGUAGUCUACACUUUCUAAAUUUUCCAGUGUUUCCAGAAAGGACUCAAAAUUCAGUGGCGUGUAAAAGACUACUUUGUACUUGCCAGUACAUAGUCCCCAGGUCUUCUGUAAGCACAGUUUCUUUGGAUGAAAAAAGCUGUGAAGAAGCCCGUUCCUCUCCAGCACCAUCUGGUGACACUGAUGAGGCCCCAUUGAUUUUCACUGCCAGUGGAGAAACUGAGGAGAGAGUCAGAGGAGCACCCAAGCAGGCUUGGAACAGUUCACUUUUGGAACAACUGGUAAAAAAGCCUAAUUGGGCACACUCAGUAAAUCCUGUUCACCUGGAGGCUCAGGGCAUCCACAUCAAUAGACACACAAGACCUAAGGGCAAGUCCUUGAGCAAUCCCAAGAAAAAUUCUGGUUCCGCCGCCAGACCUUUCACUGCCAUCGGCCUCUGCAGGAGGAGCCAGACCCCCUGCGCCCUGCAGAACGCCGGCCCGAGUAACGCAGAGCUGGAGCCGGAGGAGAGGAUGGCAGCCCCAGCAGGCUCUCAGGCACACCCCGACAUCCAAAGCAGACUCCUGGGCGCGUCCGGAAAUCCCCUCGGAAGAGGCGCGGUUGCCAUGGCGCCGGAGAUGCUCCCCAAGCAUCCUCAUCCCCCGCUGGACAGGAGGUCUCAGGCGGACACGUCCCUCCAUGGCAAUCUGGCAGGAGCGCCCCUUCCUCUGCUGACCGGUGCUUCCACCCAUUUCCCCUCCAAGAGGUUAAUAAAGGUUUGCUCCUCAGCAUCCCCCCGCCCAACCCGGCGUUUCCAUACGGUUUGUUCACAGGCCCUUUCUAGGCCGGUGGUGAAUGCUCACUUACAUUGACCGCUGCGAGGGAAUUGUUCGGCGAGUGCUGCCCAUCUUCAAAUCAAUGCCUGCUCAGAACAACAGAAAGGGCCUCAGAUGUACUGGUUUCCACAGAACCAUUGUUAGGCUUUUGUGAAGCAUUUUUGAACCUAAUAAAUAAUGUCAAAAGUCCGUAGCGCAGCCAAAAA